AUGGCGGCUUGUAUUGCUGCAGGAAACACUGUUGUACAUAAACCGGCUCAAGUUUCUCCAUUGACUGCGUUGAAAUUUGCUGAAUUGGCUUGCAGAGCUGGAUUCCCUCCAGGUGUGAUCAACGUUAUCACUGGAACUGGUGGUUCUAUUGGUCAAGCGUUGGCUGAUCAUCCUAAAGUUAGAAAGCUAGGAUUUACUGGUUCUACUCCUGUUGGAAAAACUAUCAUGGCAAGGUAAGGGAAAACUUGUUAAAAUUUAGAUUUUAGUUUGGUGUUACUUUAACAUGGAUAAUAUCGAAUAUUUUUAGCUGUGCCAAGUCCAAUUUGAAGAAAUGUUCUUUGGAGCUUGGAGGAAAGUCUCCGCUGAUUAUUUUCAAUGAUGUUGACAUCAAUACAGUUGCCAGGAAGACGUGUGACGCUGUUUUCUUUAACAAAGGUGAAAACUGCAUUGCUGCCGGUCGAAUCUUCAUCGAAGAAACGAUUCAUGAUAAAAUGGUUGAAAAGAUUGUUGAGCUAGCUUCAAAGAUGGUCAUCGGAGAGCCAUUGGACAGGAAGACGGAUCAUGGACCACAAAACCAUUUGGCUCAUUUGAAAUCGUUGGAGAAGUUUGUUGAAAGUUCAGUGAAAGAUGGAGCUAAGGUCGCGUUUGGAGGCAAGAGAUUGGACAGAAAAGGACUUUACUUCUACCCAACUGUGCUGACGGACAUUGACGAUGAAAACUUUGCGGCUUAUGAAGAAUCGUUUGGUCCUAUUAUGUGCAUCAGCAAGUUUAGACAAGAGUAAGUUAUUGGUUUUAGUUACGUUUUUAGUCAUAUAUCAACUUUGGAUCUUUUAAAUAAUGAAUUUUGAAUUUGAUAAGCAUUAUACACUUUUUUUUUACAUACAUCCAUAAUUUAAACCAUUUUCGAUUUGUAAUUUUUGACUUACGACAAUUUUUAUAUUACCCAUUACAUCAACUUCCAGCUUUAUAAAUCUUUUCUCUUUCAGUGACGUUGAUGAAGUGAUUGAACGAGCCAACCGCACCGAGUACGGUCUAGCUGGUGGUGUCUUCUCCAAGGACACGAACUUGGCUCUUCGUGUAGCCCGAAGAAUCAAGGCGGGAACGAUUUUCGUGAACACUUAUCAGAAGACGGACGUUGCGGCACCGUUCGGCGGCUUCAAACAAAGUGGCUUCGGCAAGGAUAUGGGUGAAGAGGCCCUCAACGAGUACUUACAAACCAAAACCGUCACCAUGGAAUAUUAG